AUGCUGGUUUCCUGGUAUGUAACCCGGAUAUGUAGCAAACUCUAUGUCACAAAGCCUGAAAACAGGAGCUUGGAUGACGAUGGCCGCUUCUGUGGCAUCUCCAAGGAUGGGUGGUCCUCGUGUAUUGUACACAAUCUUUUCUAUCUUCGUAUAGGGGAUUUUCUGGCAAAGAUCAGUGCAGUUGGAAUUUUCCACAGAAUAGGGCUCUGA